AUGGAACCGGAGACUGUCAUAAACCUCUUCGAUUCGAUGUGGUUCCACCUCGGGAUCCUCGAAACACCGCCAGAAACCUCAAUUUCACCGACUCCCCGCCUUCAAACUCAACAGAAUCCGUCAAAUCUAAAGGUCUCGCGCCAAAUAUCGCUCCUUGCAAGAUCGAAGAGCGAUGAGCUGUCGAGCUUCGCAACGCAGGAUUCCUCUCCCGAUUCGGUCCUCAAACCCCACCUCCAAACCAUACUCUCCGACAAAGAGAUUUCAAUUCCAUCGGAAAUUCCGAAAAGUCCGGUGAUGAAGGAAGCCGUCAGACGGCGGCACGACAGGAGGAAGAAGCGGCUGAGCAAGAGCUUGUCGGAGCUGGAGUUCGAAGAGGUGAAGGGCUUCAUCGACAUCGGCUUCGUAUUCUCCGAGGAAGACAAGGAGGAUCCGGCGCUCGUAGAAAUGAUUCCCGGCCUGCAAAAAUUAGGGCAGAAAACGGAAUCGCGCGAUCGGGAAAAUGAAGAGAAGAGGAGGGUUGAGGAAGCUUCUAGAAUGAGAGCGAGGCCGUAUCUAUCAGAAGCGUGGGAGUUUUACAGAGAGGAGGAGCAAGCUUUGAUGAAAUGGAGGGUGCCUGCUGCAACAAAUGAGAUGGAUAUCAAAGAUAGCCUCAAAUCGUGGGCCCACACAGUCGCUUCUGCUGUUAGAUGA